AGUUGGACAAUGACCUUCUGAAGCAGCUGCUGCUCCUGUCUCUCUGAAUGAAGAUUAAGCUUUACCCCAAACUUCAACUUUCUUCCUCUGUCCAACAUCUAGUAUUUGAAGAUCUGAAGACGGAAGUUUCAAAAUCAACAGAUGAAGGACUUAUGCCCAAAAUGUCGACUCUCCUGCUCUUCAGGUGCUGCCUGACCUGCUGUGCUUUUUCAGCGUCGCACUUUUCAACACUGACUCUCCAGCGUCUGCAGUCCUCACUUUGACGUCAAUGUCUGACAGUCACUCAAUCCAUCCGGACAGCAACAAUCGUUGACUGAUUCUGUGAGAAGGAGCAAAGCUUUUUGGUUCCUGUUUCAGUCCGUUUUCAGCAUCAGUGGGACUGGAUGAGGGACCCUACUGUUGGAGUGCACUGAGUGUGGAGCCUGAAACAGUUAUAAGGCCUGGGAAGAGGAAUUCACGGAGGGGAGGAGCUCUACACGUGUUGUGUGUGGAUGAAGCUUCGGCCAUGGAGAAACCCAAGGAAUCCUGCCCCAUGGAGAAACCGUGGAAGUGUGGCGACUGGGAAAGAUUUCCGUUUCCCAUCUGCUCUGGAGAUUCAUCGUCGCAGUCACACCGGGGAGAGGCCAUUCCCCUGCACAGACUGCGGGAAGGCCUUCAGCAAUUCCUCCGACCUGGUGAGGCACCGGCGGGUCCACACCAGGGAGAGGCCCUUCAGCUGCCCUGAGUGUGGGAAGGCCUUCAGCAAUUGCUCUGACCUGGUGAGGCACCGGCGGGUCCACACGGGGGAGCAGCCCUUCAGGUGCUCCACAUGCAGGAAGGGCUUUACCCAGGCCUCCACCCUGUUGGCCCACCGGCAGCUCCACACUGGGGAGAGGCUGUUCAUCUGCACUGAAUGUGGGAAGGGCUUCAGCAAUUCCUUCGCCCUGCUGACCCACCAGCGGGUCCACACGGGAGAGAGGCCGUUCCCCUGCACAGAGUGCAGGAAGGCCUUCAACAGUUCCUCCGACAGGCUGAAGCACCAGCGGUUCCACACGGGGGAGAGGCCCUUCAGCUGCCCAGAGUGCAGGAAAGGCUUUACCCAGGCCUCUGACCUGCUGAGGCACCAGCGGGUCCACACGGGGGAGAGGCCGUUCACCUGCUAUCAGUGCGGGAAGAGCUUUAGCCGCUCCUCCCACCUGCGGAGGCACCAGAGAGUUCACAUGCCAUCGCAGGGGGUUUAAAGCAGCGACGGCUGAGUGGCUUUAUCAACCCAGUUCCAGGAGCUGCCAAGGCAGAUGGCGGAAUUGGAAUUUGGUUCCAAAUCUGGAGUUCAGAAUCUAACAAUGAAACCAUUGUCAGGGAGGGGAGGGGGAACCCCCAUCUGAUUCACUCACAACCUUUUUAGGGAAGGAAACUGCUAUUGUGGGAACGGAUUCACUCACUCGUCCCAGUGCAUCCUUUACCCAGACCCACAGCAGUCUGGUUGAGUAUUCUGCACGCCGCCUCCCCCUCUUCCCCCCCUCCCCCCCCCCCAACCCCACUCCAACUGAUGAGGGGGGAAAAACCUACUUGGAGACAAGGUAUGGGUUUAAAUUGGUGCAUGAGGCAAUACUACUUCUAGUUUAUGGCUAUACCAAGGAUCCAAUUACAAAAGGACAACUCUGUGCUGACAAAUAGUAAAGAAAGUGGGGGUGAGGGGGCGGGAGGAGAAGUGUGUGGGCUUUGACCUUGAGCUGUUUUAAAAAAAAAUACUUUUUCUACACCUUUUUGCUGGGGGAAUCUGAAGCUGUAACAAAAUUGGGUCGCAAUAAAGGUUACCUGAACUUA